UAUAAAUAGCUGCCUGGACAGAGCCCGGCCAAGCGGGGUUCGGGCUGCGGCUGGCAGGCAGGCCUGUGCGGCUGGCCUCGGGGGCGCGGCCCGGGCGCGGAGCCGGGCGGUGGGCAGGCAGGCGGGGUGCCCGGGGGCUCGGGGCCCACGGCCCUCACGGUCGCCGUCGCCGCAUCUCCAGAUGCUGUCCCGGCCGGCCAUGCUGCUGGGUAGCCUCCUCCUCACGGCGGCCGCCCUGACCGUGGCCCAGCGCAGGGGGCAGGAGGCGGGCGGGCGCCGCCGGGCACACCGCGUCCAGCACGGCCAGUGCAGCUACACCUUCGUGCUGCCCGAGCCCGAGCCCUGCCCACCGGAGCCCGAGGCCUUCGGCGGCUCCAACAGCCUCCAGAGGGACUCGCCCGCAGCCCCGCUGAACCUGGGGGACUGGCCCACCCAGCGAGUGCAGCAGCUGGAGAAGGUGCUGGAGAACAACACACAGUGGCUGCAGAAGCUAGAAAGGUACAUCCAGAUGAACUUGAGGUCAGAGCUGGCACAGGUCCAACAGCACAUGGUCCAGAACCAGACGGCCACCAUGUUGGAGCUAGGCACGAGCCUCUUGAACCAGACCACCGCCCAGACCCGCAAGCUGACUGACGUGGAGGCUCAGGUCCUGAACCAGACAUCCCGAAUGGAGAUCCAGCUGCUGGAGACCUCACUGUCCACCAACAAGCUAGAGAAACAGCUACUACUGCAGGGCCAUGAGCUCCACAGGCUGCAGGGCCGCAACAGCGCGCUGGAGACGCGGGUGCAGGCCCUGGAGACGCAGCAGCAGGCGGAGCUGGCUUCUCUCCGCGGCGAGAAGGAGCGGCUUCGGCGUCUGCUGGGCCGCCAGAGCGGCGCCCUCGCCGGCCUCGAGCGCAGCCUGCGCGCCGCCAGCAGCAACUCCAGCCUCCUGCAGCGCCAGCAGCGCCAGCUCCUGGAGUCCGUGCAGCGCCUGGUGCGCGUCGUGGCCCAGGGCCCGGCCUCUGUGAGGGCAGCUGAGCAGCUGUUCCAGGAUUGUGCAGAGAUCCAGCGCUUUGGGGCCAAUGCCAGUGGCAUCUACACCAUCCAUGUGGCCAAUAUGACGGAGCCCAGGAAGGUAUUCUGUGACAUGGAGGCCAAUGGAGGUGGGUGGACUCUCAUCCAGCGCCGUGAGAAUGGCAGCGUGAAUUUCCAGCGGAACUGGAGAGAUUACAAACAGGGCUUUGGCGACCUGGCGGGGGAGCACUGGCUGGGCAAUGAGGUGGUGCAUCGGCUCACCAGCAAGGCAGCCUACUCUCUGCGUGUGGAGCUGCAAGACUGGGAGGGCAACGAGGCCUAUGCCCAAUAUGAACAUUUCCAGCUGGGCAGUGAGGGGCAGCUGUACAGGCUUUCUCUGAGCGGGUACAGCGGUUCAGCAGGGCGCCAGAGCAGCCUGGUCCUGCAAGGCACCAACUUCAGCACCCGUGAUGCAGACAAUGACAACUGCCUCUGCAAGUGUGCCCAGAUGCUGUCUGGAGGAUGGUGGUUUGAUGCCUGCGGCCUCUCAAAUCUCAACGGCAUCUACUACCCAGCUCGCCACCACGUGCGCAAACUCAACGGCAUCCGCUGGCACUACUUCCAGGGCCCCAGCUACUCGCUGCGGGCCACUCGCAUGAUGGUGCGUCCCGUGGGCAUCUGACAAGUGGCUGCGCCUGGAGGCUGGACCCAUAGGAAGAGGCACCUCGUGAAGAACUUCCCUUAGAAUCUCCGUGGAAGCCCCACAACAACCUUAUGGGAUAGGUACUAUUAUCAUCUCUCCCCUUUCCAAACCGGGAACUGACCCCCAUAGAAGUGACGUCACUUGGCCAAAGUCACACCAUAAGAAUGUACAGAGGGUGUUCUGGAUCCAAAUCACCUGCUCCAGAGCAUCCUUCACCUCUAUCUUAUGUUCCCUGUGACCAAGUUUAAAGGAAAAUAAAUGAAUACAUAAGCAAUUGCCAAGCUGAAGCUAGCCAGUGCUUGAAACUCACACAGGAAAAUAAAAGUCCACUGUCCCUGCUUGAUGCCUCUGGGGCAGGGACAAGACCUUCCUUCCUGCUUCUGACUUCCUGACUUCCCUGCCCUGGCUUCAGAACACUUGGCCACAGGCUCAUCACCCCCAAAUCUUUUCUGAGUAGGACUUAGCUUUUUUCCUUAUCAACCUCCUUGACCUUCCUCCUGUGGCCUGGGCAGAGGAGGGACAGGGACAGGCCACUUUAAUCUGGGGAGAUGAAACCUCCUAGCUGCUGGAGGCUUCUUCCUUCUGCCUUCACCUGCCUGUCGGGUGUCUGGGAGAGGCAUCAGGACCACAGCCGCCCAGGUCUGGCUGUGUCCACAAAUCAGAAGACUGGACUGAUCAUUUCCCUCUCUGGACCCCAUUCUCCUCAUCCAUAAAAAGGGAGUGAGCAAUCCAGCUCUCCUUCUUUCACAAGGUUGCCAUGAGACUCAAAUAAGAUGGUCCCUUCCUUCAUCAAGUAUUUAUUAACUACUAUGUGCCAGCAACUGUGCCAGGCACUAAGGACAUGGCCAUGAACAAGACAGAUCAACACUUGCCCUUGGGUACUUAUAGUCCAGGGUGGGUAGAAAUAGUCAGAAAUUCGGUACAAAUUAACCAAGCAACCUAAAGUACAAUGAAUAUGAGAGGGUAAUAUAUGGCGCUAUUGGAGCAAGGACAGCAUCCUUAUAGGAUGAGGAUGAAUUAGGUGAAGAGGAAAAGCAGUGUUCCAGGCAGAGGUGACAGCACAUCCAAAGGCCCUGGGGCUGGCCCAGGGGAAAGCUUCAGAGCGUUCAGGAAGGGGAAGAAGCCACAGACAGGUCUGGUAGGGACUGAAGUAGGCAGGCCCUUGUGGGCCAGAUUGAGAAGAGGACGCAGAAGGUAAUGAUCUAAACAGCAGGAAGCCAGCGCCACAGUGAAGCCCAGAGCCUGCAGGCUUCCCUGUCCUCCAGUGUGAGCACAUAGCCUUGAACAAGUUGUUUCCCCUCUCAGAACUUGGGUUUUCACUCCCAGUGAAAUCGAGAUCAUGAUACCUAUUUUGCCAAGACAUUUGAAGUUUGGAGAAAGCCUAUCUACUGUACGUGAAAGACCUGUCCCGGCACAAAAGACCACUCUAUAAAUGAUGUCCACUGUUAUUUGCAGUGCAGCCUGUGGGAUUUACAGGCUUUCCCAUUAUUCAUUGAACAUUUGUCAUUCCUGAAACUUACUAGCAGACAAGUAGGGGUGGCCCCAAAGGUUUGUGAGAAGGUUUUAAACUGAUAGAAGCCAAGCCAUGCCUUUGUUCUUUCUUGUCAUUUGAGAAAGGACCCCAGGGUUACACAGGAACCUAGUUUGAGAACAAUAAACCAACAGAAGGGUAAAGGAGCAUCUAACAAACCUGACAUCUGUGUGAUAGGCUCUGAUGAGUAUAACAGAAAUCAAGGAGUAUAGAACAUAUUAGCCCAACUGGAAGUGACAACAGGAAAAUGGGUACAUAGGGGUAAAUUCAUACGUGGAAGGGAAUAUUUACUGGGAUAGGCACUAGGGCAGCUUUUAGGAUAUGAGGACUGUUUGUUUCUUGACCCACGUGAGGGUCACACACACAUGUUCAGUUUGUGAGAAUUCACCAGGCUGUACCUUCGUGUGUGCAUUUUUGUCUAUGUAUGUUUCUCUAUAUGUACAUAGGUAGGUCAGGAGGGGAGAUUAUAUAUGCACAAGUACAGUAUAAACACAAAGUUAUUUGGGGAGAAAAUAAGAGUUUAGAGAAGAAUUUGGCAAUAGCUAACAAAAUUACUUAUGCAUUUACCCUUUGACACAGUAAUCUCCACUUCUAGGAAUCUGUCCUAAAUAUACAUAAUAUAUGCACAAAGUUAUUCAUUCAUUGCAGCUUCAUUUGUAUUAACAAAAGAUGGGAAUCAACCCAAAUGAAUAAACUAUGGUACACAGUUUAGGUAUUUCUGCAUAUCAAACUAUACCAUCUCGGUGGCAGAAAAACGACAGCCACGGACUUUAUUUUGUUCACAAAUUCUAUAGAUUAGGAAUUCAGACAAGGCAUUGCAGGGAGGGCGUGUCUCAAUGCCAUGACGGCUGGGCUUCAGCUGGAAGGCCCAGAUGGAUGGAGGUGGGAUGAGGUUAAGGGAAUGCUGGGAGAUGUGGGAAUGGAGUCAUCUGGAGGCUUUGUUCCUAUCACCUGGGCUGGGAUGACUCCCAGGUGGAGCUUGGGGAGGACUGCUAACAGGAGCAUCCACACGGGCCCUUUUGCCUAUGGCUUCCUCAUACCAUGAUGGCUGGAUCUGAGAGGAAGCAUUUUAUCAGCAAACAUUCCCGACAGGACCAGAAAUCUGGUUUGUAGGGCUCAGUGCAAAAUGAAAAUGGGGAGCCCCUGGUUCAAAUGUUAGGAAAAUGUACUUCUUCCUUUUCUUCUACAAUCUCUCUCUCAACUUGUCAUGCUGUUUUUAUUUACUAUUUUGUGUUGCUCUAAAGAAUUGUUUUUUAUUUAAAUUAUUUGCAUAAAUUUUUACCAUUCAUCUUUAUAUUGCAAAAUGACAGUUUGAAUGCAGAUGUGAGAGCAUUUAACUCACAUGUGGAAUCACUGAAAUUACAACAUUGGGGACAGGUGCCUGGGCGGCUCAGUGGUUGAGUGUCUGCCUUCGGCUCAGCUCAUGAUCCCAGAGUCCUGGGAUCGAGUUCCGCAUCAGGCUCCCCUCUAGGACCCUGCUUCUCCCUCUGCCUAUGUCUCUGCCUCUCUCUGU